AUGUUCAAGUUCCUCAAGGAGGUGGUCGCGGGUUCCGGAUCGGGCCUCAAGGACUUCCCCUACACCAUCGGUGAGCCCUACGCAUCCUCCUGGGGCUCAUGGACACACCACCGCGGUACCUCCAAGGAUGAUGGGUCGCCUGUGUCAAUUUUUUCUCUGUCAGGGAGCAACCCUCAGGACAGACACAUGGUUGCUGGUCGCAAUGGUGUUAAGAGAUUACGAACAGUGCGGCAUCCAAAUAUCUUAUCCUUUUUACGCAGUACUGAAGCAGAAGUUGCGGAUGGACCUGCCAUGAAACACAUAAUUUAUAUUGUAACAGAGCCUGUUAUGCCACUUUCUGAAAAGCUCAAGGAACUGAAUCUUGGUGGUGCACAGAGAGAUGAGUACUUUGCAUGGGGGCUUCACCAGAUAUCCAAAGCUGUGAGCUUUCUCAAUAAUGACUGCAAACUUGUUCAUGGUAAUGUAUGCUUGGCCAGUGUUGUUGUUACACAAACCCUGGAUUGGAAGCUUCAUGCUUUUGAUGUUCUGUCAGAAUUUGAUGCUAACAAUGAAGCCUCUGGUAGCCCCAUGUUGCAAUUUGAAUGGUUAGUUGGAACACAGUACAAGCCAAUGGAGCUGUCAAAGUCAGAUUGGGCUUCAAUUAGAAAAUCACCUCCGUGGGCCAUUGAUUCUUGGGGACUGGGGUGUUUAAUUUAUGAACUCUUUUCUGGUGCAAAGCUGGCUAGAACAGAGGACCUUCGAAAUACUGCUUCAAUCCCAAAGUCUCUACUUCCAGAUUACCAGAGGCUCUUGCAUUCCACACCUUCUCGUAGACUAAAUCCUUCAAAACUUAUUGACAACAGCGAGUUUUUCCAGAAUAAGUUAGUAGAGACCAUCCAGUUCAUGGAAAUUCUUAAUUUGAAAGACACCUUUGAGAAAGACAGCUUUUUCCGGAAACUCCCCAAUAUAGCUGAACAGCUUCCCCGUGAAAUAGUCCUGAAAAAGCUGCUCCCUGUAUUGGCUUCUUCUCUUGAGUUUGGUUCAGCUGCCGCUCCAGCCUUGACUGUUUUGUUAAAGAUGGGUUCCUGGCUUCCUGCUGACCAAUUUAGUAUCAAGGUCUUGCCAACUAUUGUCAAGCUUUUUGCCUCCAAUGACCGAGCUAUCCGAGCAUGUCUUUUGCAUCACAUAGAUCAGUUUGGGGAGUCAAUGUCAGCUCAAACUGUUGAUGAACAAGUUUUUCCUCAUGUAGCCACUGGUUUCUCCGAUACUGAUGGUACUAUUCGUGAACUGACAUUGAAGUCAAUGCUCGUAUUAGCACCAAAAUUAUCUCAGCGUACAAUCUCAGGAUCUCUCUUGAAAUAUCUCUCUAAGCUACAGGUGGACGAAGAACCUGGAAUCAGGACGAACACUACAAUUCUUCUUGGCAAUAUUGCAAGCUACAUGAAUGAUGGGACCAGGAAGAGAGUACUGAUCAAUGCAUUCACAGUUCGUGCAUUACGUGAUACCUUCCCUCCGGCCAGAGCAGCUGGAAUCAUGGCACUGAGUGUCACUAGUUCAUACUAUGAAGUGACAGAGAUUGCAACUCGCAUCCUGCCUAACAUUGUUGUCCUCACCUUUGACCCAGAUAGUGAUGUCCGAACCAAGGCUUUUCAGGCUACCGAUCAGUUCUUGCAAAUAGCAAAGCAACACCAUGAAAAGCUUACUACGGGAGACAACAGGGUGGCUGAAAGUUCUGGUGUUAAGUUAAAGCCUGGAAAUGCAGGUUUACUUGGGUGGGCCAUGAGUUCUGUUACACAAAAGGGUAAACCUUCUGACCAUGCCCCAAUAUCUACUGCAAAUGCCAGUAAUUCUCAAGCAUCAACAACUUCGACUGCCGCUCCAGACACUCAGGCUUCCACACCAGCGUAUGCACCAUCCACAUCCAGCUCCCUUGAUCAGGCUGCACCAGCAUCAGCAAGGUCUUCAGUAGAUGGGUGGGGUGAGCUUGAGGAUGGUAAUAUCCAUGAGGAGAAUAGUAGUGAUAAAGAUGGAUGGGAUGAUGUAGACCCGUUUGAGGACAAGCCAUCCCCAUCUCUUCUAUCCAACAUACAGGCUGCUCAGAAACGUCCAGUGGUGCAACCAAAGCAAGCCGUUGCAAACUCAUCUAAAUCCAACCCACUAAAGGCGCCAAAAUCAGAAGACGAUCCUCUAUGGGGUCCUAUAGCUGCUGCACCACCCAAAAGUGCAGUAAAAUCUGCAGACAUCAAGCCAUCAACAUCACAUAAUGAUGAUGAUGACCUCUGGGGUUCAAUAGCGGCACCUCCUCCAAAAUCAUCUGGGAAGCCUAUGAAGCCAGCUGCAGCGAAUAGUGAUGACCUAUGGGGUGCCAUUGCAGCACCUCCACCAGCAACCAAAGCCAGACCCUUAGCCUCAUCAGGUAGGGGCCGAGGAACAAAGCCGGCGCAGCCAAAACUUGGUGCUCAAAGAAUAGGAAGAACAUCCUCAACUGGAAUGUGA